AUGCAAUAUUCACUGAUUCUUUCAUUCAUUUUACUGACGACCUCUGUGGAAUGCUGGUGGAACCAGAAACCAAUAGAUGCACCAUUGGAUAGAACGAUUCAGCGUGAACUCGUACAGGCCUUUGGACUGGUGUGGGAAUGUACAAGAAAAGUGAAAAAUGGAAGGGUGAGCCUUGAACCUGUUUCUUGUGAACCUGUUUCUUGUGAAUCUAUCGAACGACGAUAUGAGAGUUAUGAAGUAUUGAGUCCGGGAUCGUCCAGAACGGUGAACAACGGAUCCGUGAACCAUUCAUGUGAUAUUGUGGAUGGAGGGUUGAGAAGUGUUUCCGAGUAUGAAAACGGUACUUUCUAUAUUCAAAAGGGGAUUCAACGCGCUUAUGUUCGCUUAAAUAAUUUUUAUGAGAAAUCGGAUCUUGUUCUUGUGGAAGAUUCUGACGGAAUCCAAAGAUCAAAGGAAAUUAACACGAGACGCUUCAAAUGUGUCGAAACGGAACCAGGUCACGUAACAUUGAUAGCUGCAACUGAGGAAGAUAUGUACUGCACAUACAAAAACAUAACUUAUCGUUAUGAAAGCAGAUGGAUUGACGUGACUCGAGGUGCUAGUCUGAGAUGCGACGAUGGGAAUGAAGUUAUUAAAGAGUAUUGCUCACUGAAUGGGAAACAUUACAAUAUUGGUCUAGAGCUGAAAUUAUCAAAUGGAUGUGUCUUCGUGUGCAAUGAGCAAAAGAAUAUCUAUAUUUGUGAAGAACCGCUGAAAUUGUAA